GGCGGCCGAGCGGGCGCGGGGCGGCGCGGCACCAUGUCGGCCAAGGUGCGCCUCAAGAAGCUGGAGCAGCUGCUCCUGGACGGGCCCUGGCGCCACGAGAGCGCCCUGAGCGUGGAGACGCUGCUCGACGUGCUCGUGUGCCUCUACACCGAGUGCAGCCACUCGGCCCUGCGCCGCGACAAGUACGUGGCCGAGUUCCUCGAGUGGGCUAAGCCGUUCACACAACUGGUGAAGGAAAUGCAGCUGCAUCGAGACGACUUCGAAAUCAUUAAAGUGAUCGGAAGAGGAGCAUUCGGUGAGGUUGCCGUUGUCAAGAUGAAGAACACGGAACGCAUCUACGCCAUGAAGAUCCUCAACAAGUGGGAGAUGCUGAAAAGAGCAGAGACCGCCUGCUUCCGGGAAGAGCGGGACGUGCUGGUGAACGGAGACUGCCAGUGGAUCACCACGCUGCACUACGCCUUCCAGGACGAGAACCACCUGUACCUCGUCAUGGAUUACUACGUGGGCGGGGACCUGCUGACGCUGCUCAGUAAGUUCGAGGACCGGCUGCCCGAGGACAUGGCCCGCUUCUACAUCGGCGAGAUGGUGCUGGCCAUCGACUCCAUCCACCAGCUCCACUACGUGCACCGGGACAUCAAGCCCGACAAUGUUCUCCUGGACGUGAACGGGCACAUCCGCCUGGCCGACUUCGGGUCGUGUCUGAAGAUGAAUGACGAUGGGACUGUCCAGUCCUCGGUGGCCGUGGGCACACCCGACUACAUCUCCCCUGAGAUCCUGCAGGCGAUGGAGGAUGGCAUGGGCAAGUACGGCCCCGAGUGUGACUGGUGGUCGCUGGGCGUGUGCGUGUACGAGAUGCUCUACGGGGAGACCCCCUUCUAUGCCGAGUCCCUGGUGGAGACCUACGGGAAGAUCAUGAACCACGAGGAGCGGUUUCAGUUCCCUCCCCACGUCACGGACGUGUCUGAGGAAGCCAAGGACCUCAUUCAGAGGCUCAUCUGCGCCAGGGAGCGCCGGCUGGGCCAGAACGGCAUCGAGGACUUCAAGAAGCACGCGUUCUUCGAGGGCUUGAACUGGGACAACAUCCGCAACCUCGAGGCGCCCUACAUCCCCGACGUGAGCAGUCCCUCCGACACGUCCAACUUCGACGUGGACGAUGACAUGCUCCGGAACGCUGAGAUCCUGCCUCCCGGCUCCCACACUGGCUUCUCUGGAUUGCACCUGCCGUUCAUUGGGUUCACGUUCACGACCGAGAGCUGCUUCUCCGACCGGGGCUCCCUGAAGAGCGUCACGCAGAGCGGCGCGCUGAGCAAGGACGAGGGCGUGCAGCGGGACCUGGAGAACAGCCUGCAGGUGGAGGCGUACGAGCGCAGGAUCCGCAGGCUGGAGCAGGAGAAGCUGGAGCUGGGCCGGAAGCUGCAGGAGUCCACGCAGACGGUGCAGUCCCUCCACGGCGCCACCAGGACCCUGGGCACCUCCUUCCGAGACAAGGAGAUCAAGAGGCUGAAGGAGGAGGUCGAGCAUCUGAAGAACAAGCUCGCAGACUCAGGCAGGCUGGAGCGUCAGCUCGAGGACACCGUGGCUCUGCGCCAGGAGCAUGAGGACUCCACGCAGCGGCUGCGGGGGCUGGAGAAGCAGUACCGCGUGGCGCGCCAGGAGAAGGAGGAGCUGCACAAGCAACUGGUCGAAGCUUCUGAGCGAUUGAAAUCUCAGGGCAGGGAGCUCCGAGACGCCCAGCAGCAGCGGAAACUGGCCCUGCAGGAGCUGGCGGAGCUGAGCGAGCGCACGGCCGAGCUCCGAGCCCAGAAGCAGAAGGCGUCCCGGCAGCUCCGGGACAAAGAGGAGGAGAUGGAGGUGGUCAUGCAGAAGGUCGACACCAUGCGGCAGGAGAUGCGCAGAGCUGACAAGGGCAGGAAAGAGCUGGAAGCACAGCUUGAGGACGCCAGGGCCGAGGCCUCCAAGGAGCGCAAGCUUCGUGAGCACAGCGAGAACUUCUCCAAGCAAAUAGAAAGUGAGCUUGAGGCCCUCAAGGUGAAGCAGGGAGCCCGGGGCCCGGGCGCUGCGCUGGAGCACCAGCAGGAGCUGUCCAAGAUCCGCUCCGAGCUGGAGAAGAAAGUCUUGUUCUACGAGGAGGAGCUGGUGAGGCGCGAGGCGUCCCACGUGCUGGAGGUGAAGAACGUGAAGAAGGAGGUGCACGACUCGGAGAGCCAGCAGCUGGCCCUGCAGAAGGAGGUCCUGGUGCUCAGAGACAAGCUGGACAAGGCCAAGCGCGAGCGCCACAGCGAAGUGGAGGAGGCCGUGGGGACAGCCAAGGAGAAGUACGAGCGGGAGCGCGCCCUGCUGUGUGAGGAGAGCAAGAAGCUGGCCGUGGAGAACGAGAGGCUUUGCUCCUUUGUGGACAAACUCACGGCGCAGAACAGACAUCUGGAGGACGAGCUGCAGGACCUGGCGGCCAAGAAGGAGUCGGUGGCCCACUGGGAGGCCCAGAUCGCCGAGAUCAUCCAGUGGGUCAGUGACGAGAAAGACGCCCGCGGCUACCUUCAGGCGCUCGCCUCCAAGAUGACGGAGGAGCUGGAGACGCUGCGGAGUUCCAGCCUGGGCUCGAGGACACUGGACCCCCUUUGGAAAGUUCGCCGCAGUCAGAAGCUGGACAUGUCGGCGCGUCUCGAGCUGCAGUCGGCGCUGGAGGCGGAGAUCCGUGCCAAGCAGCUGGUGCAGGAGGAGCUGCGCCAGGUCAAGGACGCCAACCUCGCCUUCGAAAGUAAACUGAAGGACUCGGAAGCGCGGAACAGAGAACUGUUAGAGGAAAUGGAAAUACUGAAGAAAAAGAUGGAAGGCAAAAUCCGAGCGGAUACAGGACUCAAGCUUCCAGACUUCCAGGACUCGAUUUUUGAGUAUUUCAACACGGCGCCUCUCGCGCACGAUCUGACAUUCAGAGCCAGCUCUGUGGGAGAGCAGGAAGCAUCUGCCCCGAAGACAGAGGUGGGCCCGUCAGCAGCCGUGGCCGAGAGCCCGGAGCAGCAGGAAGGCAUGGUUCGGACCCCACAUAGACCACCUGCCGGCUCGCUGUCCAGCACACAGGCCCCAGCGCUGGCUGGACCCAAGCCGAAAGCUCACCAGUUCAGCAUCAAGUCCUUCUCCAGCCCGACGCAGUGCAGCCACUGCACGUCCCUGAUGGUGGGGCUCAUCCGGCAGGGCUACGCCUGUGAGGUGUGCUCGUUCGCCUGCCACGUGUCCUGCAAGGACAGCGCCCCCCAAGUGUGCCCCCUCCCCCCGGAGCAGGCCAAGCGGCCUCUGGGUGUGGACGUGCAGCGCGGCAUUGGGACAGCCUACAAGGGCUACGUCAAGGUGCCGAAGCCCACCGGGGUGAAGAAAGGCUGGCAGCGGGCCUACGCGGUGGUCUGCGACUGCAGACUCUUCCUGUACGACCUGCCCGAGGGCAAGGCCACCCAGCCCAGCGUCGUGGCCAGCCAGGUGCUGGACCUCAGAGACGAAGAGUUCUCGGUGAGCUCCGUGCUGGCGUCCGAUGUCAUCCACGCCACGCGCCGAGACAUCCCGUGCAUCUUCAGGGUCACAGCCUCCCUCUUGGGGACCCCCUCGAAGACCAGCGUCCUGCUGAUCCUGACGGAGAACGAGACUGAGAAGCGGAAGUGGGUGGGGAUCCUGGAGGGCCUCCAGGCCAUCCUGCACAAGAACCAGCUGCGGUCGCAGGCGGUGCACGUCCCGCAGGAGGCCUACGACAGCUCACUGCCCCUUCUCAAGACCGUGCUGGCGGCCGCCAUCGUGGAUGGGGACAGGAUCGCCAUCGGCCUGGAGGAAGGGCUAUAUGUCAUUGAGGUCAACCGCGACGUGAUCGUCCGCGCCGCCGACUACAAGAAAGUGUACCAGAUCGAGCUGGCGCCCCGGGAGAGGGUGGUCGCCCUGCUCUGCGGCCGCAACCACCACGUGCACCUCUGCCCCUGGGCCUCCCUGGACGGCGCGGAGAGCAGCGCCGACAUCAAGCUCCCGGAGACCAAAGGCUGCCAGCUCAUCGCCGUGGGGGCGCUGAGGAAGGGCGCGGCCACUUGCCUGUUCGUGGCGGCCAAGCGGCUGGUCUUGUGCUACGAGCUGCAGAGAACUAAGCCUUUCCACAGGAAGCUCUGCGAGACCACGGUCCCGGGCCACGUGCAGUGGAUGGCCGUGAUCAGGGACAGGCUCUGCGUGGGCUACCCGUCCGGGUUCUGCCUGUGGAGCCCCCAGGGCGACGGGCAGACUGUGAGCCUGGUCAGCCCCAGCGACCCCUCGCUCGCCUUCCUGUCCCAGCAGCCCUUGGACGCGCUGGGCGCCGUGCAGCUCGCCAGCGACGAGUUCCUGCUCUGCUUCAGCCACCUGGGCCUCUACGUGGACCCGCAGGGCCGCAGGGCGCGCGCGCAGGAGCUCAUGUGGCCUGCGGCGCCGGUCGCCUGCAGUUGCACCUCCUCGCAUGUCACGGUGUACAGCGAGUACGGCGUGGACGUGUUCGACGUGCGCACCAUGGAGUGGGUGCAGACCAUCGGCCUGCGGAGGAUCCGGCCCCUGAACCUGGACGGCAGCCUGAACCUCCUGAGCUGUGAGCCCCCCCGCCUCGUCUACUUCAGGAGCAAGCUCACAGGGCCGGCGCUCAACGUGCCCGAGACGUCGGACAACAGCAGGAAGCAGAUGCUGCGCACGCGGAGCAAGAGGCGCUUCGUGUUCCAGGUGCCGGAGGAGGAGCGGCUGCAGCAGCGGCGAGAGAUGCUCAGAGACCCGGAGCUGCGCUCCAAGAUGAUCUCCAACCCCACCAACUUCAACCACGUGGCGCACAUGGGCCCUGGCGACGGGCUGCAGGUGCUCAUGGACCUGCCCCUGAGUGCCAUGCCCCCGUCCCAGGAGGAGAGGCCCGGCGCGGCCCGGCAGCCUCCGCUCAGGAACAAGCCCUACAUCUCCUGGCCGUCGGCAGGUGCAUCGGAGCCCGGAGUGGCCGUGCCUCUGCGGAGCAUGUCCGACCCUGACCAAGAGUUUGACAGAGAGCCCGACUCGGAUUCCACCAAGCACUCAACGCCGUCCAACAGCUCCAACCCCAGCGGCCCGCCCAGCCCCAACUCCCCGCACAGGGGCCAGCUGCCCCUUGAAGGCCUGGAGCCCCCAGCCUCGGAGGCCUGAAGCCGGAGUGGCCGGCCCAGCAUCCGGGCUGACCCUGCAGUGCUGGCCAGGGACAUGCAGAGUCCUUGUAGAUAGGAGGCGGAGCAGGCCCAGCCUGAGCGACACUGUCCGUUUGCACAUGAAGGACCACACAGCACCAGGG